AUGAAUGAUCCAUAUAACGUGACCAAGAAUUUGCCAACACUAUAUUCUGAGAGACGUAAAGGUGAUUACGGAGAAUCUGUUGGUGACAUUGGUAUAUCGUCUCCGACUAAACAAGUGACCGGAAACCAACAAUAUCGUCUCGAAUUAAGGUAUAUAGCCACAGAGUUGCCGCGCUUUGUAUGUGCGCCUAACAACUUAAAGAAGCAUUUUGAGACAUGUGAAGAAUUGAAUCAUCAAGAGUUCGUGUUCACAUCCGUGUUGGGGCUGGAGCAGUUCACCAGACUCUGCCUUGAAUCAACUGUCGGGCUUUAG